UUGGGGGACGUGCCACGCUAUCCACCCCCCUCCAGCCAUCCUUUACGGACACGGGAGAGUUAAGCCAAUAAACACGUAAGCGCCGCUCCCUCCCCAAUCGGCAAGAUGCCUCUUCGGCUCUUGGCUGCAUCGACAGCUUGCAACACUCGGCAUCUUUUCUGGAGGCGCCUUCUUCAGCGGCUGCAGAUGGCAUCCGGCUGCGGGCACGGGGCUCGCAAUUGACUCGCCCCCAGCCCACUUCGGGUCCACGGACGCACCUCUCCCGUUCCCUCCUCCCCUUGCGCUCCUGGGUCCAAGCCCAGCUCCCAAGAGCCAGGCGGAGGAAGCAGUUGCGGCGGCCGAGGCAGAGCAGCAGCGAACUCGCUCACUGAUUCAGGAGAAGCGCCCAACCGCGGAAGCCCACCCCUACCUGCCUCCUUUUGCGCCCCAAGCCCGGGGCUCCAGACACCCUCUCCCCGCUCCACAGGCGACACCAUGCUGGACCCUUCGUCCAGCGAAGAGGAAUCAGAUGAGAUCGUGGAGGAGGAGAGCGGCAAGGAGGUGCUCGGCUCGGCCGCGUCCGGCGCGCGCCUGUCUCCCAGCCGAACCAGCGAGGGCUCGGGCGGCAGUGCUGGGCUAGGUGGCGGCGGCGGGGCCGGGGCCGGAGUGGGCGCCGGCGGCGGCGGGGUCAGCGGCGCGAGCAGCGGCGGCGGGGGCGGGGGGCUGCAGCCGAGCAGCCGCGCCGGCGGCGGCCGGCCCUCCAGCCCCAGCCCGUCGGUGGUGAGCGAAAAGGAGAAAGAGGAGUUGGAACGGCUGCAGAAGGAAGAGGAGGAGAGGAAGAAGAAGCUGCAGCUCUAUGUGUUCGUGAUGCGUUGCAUUGCCUACCCCUUCAACGCCAAGCAGCCCACCGACAUGGCUCGCCGGCAGCAGAAGAUCAGCAAACAGCAGCUUCAGACAGUCAAGGAUCGAUUUCAGGCUUUCCUCAAUGGGGAAACCCAGAUCGUGGCUGACGAAGCCUUCAUGAAUGCUGUGCAGAGCUACUAUGAGGUGUUCUUGAAGAGUGACCGUGUGGCCCGUAUGGUGCAGAGUGGGGGCUGCUCUGCCAAUGACUCAAGGGAGGUCUUUAAGAAGCACAUUGAAAAGAGGGUGCGAAGCCUACCAGAGAUCGAUGGCCUCAGCAAGGAGACAGUGCUGAGCUCCUGGAUGGCCAAAUUUGAUGCCAUUUACCGUGGAGAAGAGGACCCCAGGAAGCAGCAGGCCCGGAUGACGGCCAGCGCGGCAUCUGAGCUGAUUCUGAGCAAAGAACAACUCUACGAGAUGUUCCAAAACAUUCUUGGAAUCAAGAAGUUUGAACAUCAGCUCCUGUACAAUGCCUGCCAGUUGGACAAUCCAGAUGAGCAAGCAGCUCAAAUCAGAAGAGAGUUGGAUGGGCGUCUCCAAAUGGCAGACCAAAUAGCCAGGGAACGAAAAUUUCCCAAGUUUGUGUCCAAAGAGAUGGAAAACAUGUACAUUGAGGAGCUGAAGUCGUCUGUCAAUCUGCUCAUGGCUAACUUGGAGAGCAUGCCAGUCUCCAAAGGUGGUGAAUUCAAGCUUCAGAAACUCAAACGCAGCCACAAUGCUUCCAUCAUUGACAUGGGCGAGGAGAGUGAGAACCAGCUCUCUAAGUCAGACGUCGUGCUGUCUUUCUCCUUGGAGGUCGUGAUCAUGGAAGUCCAAGGCCUCAAAUCCUUAGCUCCAAAUCGCAUUGUGUAUUGCACAAUGGAGGUAGAAGGAGGAGAGAAACUACAGACUGACCAGGCCGAGGCUUCUAAACCCACCUGGGGCACCCAGGGUGACUUCUCAACAACCCACGCGCUGCCUGCUGUGAAGGUGAAGCUGUUCACAGAGAGCACAGGCGUUCUGGCCUUGGAGGACAAGGAGCUCGGGCGGGUCAUUCUCCAUCCCACCCCAAAUAGCCCCAAACAGUCAGAGUGGCAUAAAAUGACCGUCUCCAAGAACUGCCCUGAUCAAGACCUCAAAAUCAAACUCGCUGUCCGGAUGGAUAAGCCUCAGAACAUGAAGCAUUCUGGGUAUUUAUGGGCCAUUGGUAAGAAUGUAUGGAAGAGAUGGAAGAAAAGGUUUUUUGUAUUGGUGCAGGUCAGCCAGUACACAUUUGCCAUGUGCAGUUACCGGGAGAAAAAAGCAGAGCCUCAGGAACUUCUACAACUGGAUGGCUACACUGUGGAUUACACAGACCCCCAGCCAGGUUUGGAGGGUGGCCGAGCCUUUUUCAAUGCAGUCAAAGAAGGAGACACCGUGAUAUUUGCAAGCGAUGAUGAGCAAGAUCGCAUUCUAUGGGUCCAAGCCAUGUACCGGGCUACUGGGCAGUCACACAAGCCUGUACCCCCGACCCAGGUCCAGAAACUCAAUGCCAAGGGAGGGAAUGUGCCCCAGCUGGAUGCCCCCAUCUCCCAAUUUUACGCAGAUAGAGCUCAAAAACAUGGCAUGGAUGAAUUUAUCUCUUCCAACCCUUGUAACUUUGACCACGCUUCCCUCUUUGAGAUGGUGCAACGCCUUACUUUGGAUCACAGACUUAAUGAUUCUUAUUCUUGCCUGGGCUGGUUCAGUCCUGGCCAAGUCUUUGUACUAGACGAGUAUUGUGCCCGAAAUGGAGUCCGAGGGUGUCACCGACAUCUCUGCUACCUCAGAGACCUGCUUGAAAGGGCAGAAAAUGGCGCCAUGAUUGACCCCACCCUCCUUCACUACAGCUUUGCCUUCUGUGCAUCCCACGUCCAUGGAAACAGGCCUGAUGGAAUCGGAACAGUGACGGUUGAAGAAAAAGAACGUUUUGAAGAAAUCAAAGAAAGACUUCGAGUUCUGCUGGAAAAUCAGAUUACACAUUUUAGGUAUUGCUUUCCAUUUGGUCGGCCCGAAGGUGCUUUGAAAGCUACUCUCUCACUCUUGGAAAGGGUUUUGAUGAAAGAUAUUGUUACUCCAGUACCACAAGAGGAGGUAAAGACAGUCAUCCGUAAAUGUCUAGAGCAGGCUGCUUUAGUCAACUAUUCUCGCCUAUCAGAGUAUGCCAAAAUUGAAGAGAAUCAAAAGGAUGCAGAAAAUGUAGGCCGGUUAAUCACUCCUGCCAAAAAGCUUGAAGAUACAAUACGUCUUGCUGAACUUGUCAUUGAAGUUCUUCAACAAAAUGAGGAGCACCAUGCAGAGCCACAUGUUGAUAAAGGAGAAGCCUUUGCGUGGUGGUCAGACUUGAUGGUGGAGCAUGCAGAGACCUUCCUGUCACUCUUUGCGGUGGACAUGGAUGCAGCGUUAGAGGUGCAACCCCCAGAUUCAUGGGACAGUUUUCCUCUGUUUCAGCUGCUGAAUGAUUUCCUUCGAACUGACUAUAAUCUGUGCAAUGGAAAAUUUCACAAACACCUACAAGACCUGUUUGCCCCACUUGUGGUUAGAUAUGUGGAUUUGAUGGAGUCCUCAAUUGCACAAUCCAUUCACAGGGGCUUUGAGCGGGAGUCAUGGGAACCAGUCAAGAGUUUAACCAGUAACCUACCCAAUGUGAACCUACCCAAUGUGAACCUUCCCAAAGUACCAAAUCUGCCAGUUAACAUCCCUCUAGGCAUCCCACAAAUGCCUACUUUUUCGGCACCGUCAUGGAUGGCUGCUAUAUAUGAUGCUGAUAAUGGAUCAGGCACUUCAGAAGAUCUGUUCUGGAAACUUGAUGCCCUUCAGACCUUCAUUCGGGACUUACACUGGCCCGAAGAAGAGUUUGGAAAGCACCUUGAACAAAGACUGAAACUGAUGGCAAGUGACAUGAUUGAAUCUUGUGUUAAAAGAACCAGGAUUGCAUUUGAAGUUAAGCUGCAAAAAACCAGUCGAUCAACAGAUUUUCGAGUCCCACAGUCAAUAUGCACCAUGUUUAAUGUUAUGGUUGAUGCCAAAGCUCAAUCAACAAAACUUUGCAGCAUGGAAAUGGGCCAAGAGCAUCAAUACCAUUCAAAAAUAGACGAGCUAAUUGAAGAAACUGUUAAAGAAAUGAUAACACUCUUGGUUGCAAAGUUUGUUACCAUCUUGGAAGGAGUACUGGCGAAACUAUCCAGAUAUGAUGAAGGAACUUUGUUUUCUUCUUUUUUAUCAUUUACGGUGAAGGCAGCUUCCAAAUACGUGGAUGUACCUAAACCUGGAAUGGACGUGGCCGAUGCCUAUGUAACUUUCGUCCGUCACUCUCAGGAUGUCCUCCGUGAUAAGGUCAAUGAGGAGAUGUAUAUAGAAAGGUUAUUUGAUCAAUGGUACAACAGCUCCAUGAACGUGAUCUGCACCUGGUUAACAGACCGAAUGGACUUACAGCUUCACAUUUAUCAGUUGAAAACACUAAUUAGGAUGGUAAAGAAAACCUAUAGAGAUUUCCGAUUGCAAGGGGUCCUGGACUCGACCUUAAACAGCAAGACCUAUGAAACCAUCCGGAACCGUCUUACUGUAGAAGAAGCCACCGCAUCAGUGAGCGAGGGUGGGGGCCUGCAGGGGAUCAGCAUGAAGGACAGUGAUGAGGAAGAUGAAGAAGAUGAUUAGCAUGUUCAGGCCUAUAGUCCACUAGGAUGGAGUCCUGUAAUCAAUGCAUGUCUUUAGUCUGUUAGUUAACCCCAUUAGGGAAUUUUCUGUCAACUAUCAUGCCCAUGAGAUGUUUAUCAAUACAAUGACCAUUUUAGCUAUGUGAUACCAAGAUUAUUAGCAAAUGACCUUUAAAUUCAUGACUUCCUGGUUCCACGUCUUACCUGUUUACAAGCAAUAUGGAACACCAUUCCUUUAAAUACUACUCACAGAGAGUAAAUAGUCCAACUGCUAGGUGUGUCCCUGUUAUCAGCCAAGUUAAAUGAUGCUUCAUUGAUGUGCUGUGUUUGCAUUGAUGGUAAAUGAAUGUGAGGGUGAAUACACCAAGUACUUUCACUUUGUUGCUUCACAUGUGUGGAUGCCAGUUAGAUAAAUAAGUACAAGAAAUUAAGCACGACCCAUAGAUAGGCUUUGUUUUUUGAAAGACAAAAAUGUAAGGCUCCAACAACCAACUUUGGUUCUUUAUGUUCCCCAUAACUAUGAAAGGAAGCCCUGGUAUCCUUGUUAACCCACCCUGUCAUUUUCCCCAUCUAGCUAGCCCAAACCAACUCUACACCAAUGGAUUGAUCCUCGUAAUUACUAUUGCAAGAGCGAUCCUCUCAUGAGUUAACAUCAAGCACAGUUCAGAGCAACUGUCUUCUGUCAAAGUUUAUCCUAUUAAAUGUUACAUUUUGCUUUUAUGUUUCAAUAAUUGUGUGUGUGUGUGUAAAAAAAACCUACAUAUUUAAAUUACAACCCUAGACUAUAAAUGUGUUUAUAAUAAGAUAUGGAUAUUUCCUUCCGUAGAUUGUAACCAUAAUUUAAAUUAUUUUGUUCCACGCUGUUUUUUAUAUCUGUCAUGUACAUUGCACUUUGGUCUGUAACUGCAUGACCUUGAGGUCCUCUGCAGAGCUAUUUCUUUCUGUGUUAUGUAGUGGAUCCAUCUUGCUUUUGCCUUAUAUAAAGCCUACAGUUAUGAAAAUGUGGAAAACUGUGGCUUCUCAAUAAAUAACUACUCAAUGUCUCAAGAAUAAAUAUGUGAGUCUUC